AUGAACAUUGUCAAGGGGGUUGCCGAUCUCCUUCGGAGAUCAUCUGGUGGCCAAGCUGGAGAGAACUCUUCGUGGGGGCAGGGUGAUUGGUUUUCCGCUCCCUCAACAAGAAUCCAUUUCGGGUAUGCUUAUGUAAAACUUCAGUGUUGUAAAUGUACGUUAUGAAAAGUGCUUGAGAAUAACGUUGGAGGGUGACCUUGUUACGAUUUACAACUAAUUUUUUUUUUUAUCACAAUUCUUUUUAUGUACUCCCCUAUCCUUUUAAUGAUCGAUUCAGGUUUUCUGACUAGCAUUUUUGUCGACAUGAAGGAAAAUGUGUAUGAAUCACAUAUUUUAUUUAUUAAUAACAUAGGACGUCGAACCAACUAGUCAACCAGACAAAUAUGAUGAGAAAACGUAAAAUGUUAGUUCAGUUAAUGUGAUUCGAAAAGUCGUGACUGAUGGGAUCUGUGGUUUGGCAUUUCAAAACACCUAGAAACUCAGUCUCAUUUAUGUGUUUAGGUUCUGCUGCCAUUUUAAGAAGCUCUGGGUUCUAACUGUAAUGAGUUGAUUAGGGCAAAAAAUGAGCAUACGUCUAAGGCAUAUUACUGCAAGUGUGUAAAUGAAAUUUAUGAGAGGUAUCCCUUCCUGCAGAACCCCUAAUUCAGAUGAUUUGUUCUCGCCUUUCGAUAAUUUAGAAAAGUGCGCCAAUCCCACUGUAAAUCAGAUGUUUUAUGAUGUGUUUCUUUAACUUGUCAAUUAUUUUGGUUGAAUCCAAUACCUUUUUAGAUAUAUAAUUUUGGUGAUGCUCACAUGAUUUUUCCUCUCUCUUUCCUUAGGGAUGCUGGCGAGGAGGCAGUUUUGAAUUCAUUGUGGCAGAAAUAUGAAAGUGGCAUUGAUAAGGUGCUGUCAGUAUAUUUUCAUUUUGAAACUACAUAUAUCGCCUGCAUUUGUUUGUUAUUCUUUCUUUAAAGGUUGUCUUUUUCUGUGAUAGUUUUAUGUACAUAUAUUUACGUGGCAUAUUUUAUGUUACUUGGUCUCAAAUGUGCCAGCUUACACUUAUGCCAGAUCUCCAUAGAAACUAUCAUUGGCAGCUUUUUCCCCUUCUUCAUUAUCCUUUUUGGUGUCAAGGAUGACCCAACCCUAGCUGGUAUCAGAUAAAACCUGGGAAGGUCAGAUCUCAGUCGAAGACUCACCAUUUCAUCACUGCUCACUAUUUUGGACUCAAUCCCUGCCUCUCAAUUCGAGGUUGAUGGAUAACCAAAUCAACUAAAUCUCAAGUUACCGGGUCUAACUUAUGAAGUCGAUUAUCGGAUCAUAAUGUUGUCUUUGAGUCUUAAAGGACAGUAUACACUCAUUCGAUUCUUUAUUCUCGCCUUUCCCUAAUUUAAGUUGACAAAAACAACCUCUAAAUUCACCUUUAUGAUUGGUUUUGAUUAUGCAACGGAUGAAUCCGAUAUUACACUCUCUUCUCUUGUCUAAAAUGCAGCAAUGGACCGUUCUCUGCAUAGUAGAGGGCUUUUUGUUGAAAAAAAUUAUUUUGUAGGUGGCAAUUCGGUUAAAGAUAAUGCUUCAUGCAGGGAGUUCCGACGAAGAGUAGAUAAAGUGCAUGUAGGAAUGAAUUACCUUGGUCAUUUGUUGUAUACGUUACAAAGGAAUCUUGUUUUCAAGGUUUUAGUUUUUUCUGUUAUUGAUCUCUCCUCUUUUUUCAAUGGCUAUUUUGAUUCAUUUUCAGACGGAAAAAAGGAAGUUGUUGCAAGUCUUUCUCAUGCAGUUUAUUCAGACAUAUAAGAAUUGGGAGCCUGACAAAGACCUUCCUUCGGAGUUCAUGCCUAUUUAUCCUACAGAACAGACAUAUGGAUUUCCAGAAGUUAUUGUUGGAUGUUCAGUUGGACAUCCUUCUGAGGUUACCUUAAUUCUUAUUCAGGAACUCGUUAGGAUAACUUCCCUUGUUACAGAUAGUAAGUGAAUUUCUAUAUAAUUAUUGUUUACUUAUAAAGUAUGGUUCUCUUUCAUUUCUAAUUUUGAUUCAUUGGGUUGAUGCAUGUUGAUGCAUGUUGUUGCUUAUUGAUUACCGCUUAACGUUGCUUAUCUGACAGCAAAGCCUCAUAAUAUGUACCGUAGUUUGAAAUUGUUAUUAAGGGAUAUUACCAAUUAAAACAUACGGAAAAGUAACCUUUCGUGAUAGCGUGCUUCUUGGACUGAAAAAGAAGUGAAAAAUUUUCUUUUCAAGUUGUCACUGACGUGGGUUGAACAUUUUCUCGUUUUGUUGAUUUUUCGUUCCGAAAUUAGUAAGCGAAAAUCGGCUUGAAAUUAUAUAUUAUAAAAAUUGAAAGUGAUGGUGAUGUAUAUUCUUCAUAUUUGGCAAAAACGUUGAUUAAAUCCCAUGAAACUUCAUCUGUGUAACCCUUUGAAGUCAGUAUAUAUACUCAUUAAAGAUUUCCUUGUUAUGCCAGUAGUUCUUAUUUUUAAUAUUGCUUUUUAUCUUUUCUAUUUUUAUUCUAAUAUUUUUUUGCCAAAAAUCAUUAAUUGAAUCAAACUUUACAUUAUGGUCCUCAAAAUCAGCGAACUGUUUCAAUGGGUUUCAACAUUAUAUCGAGUUAAUGACAUCACUUCUCUCGUCUACUUUAUUGAACAGCAUACGUACUAUGCAUUUAAUGAUUUCGUGGUACUAACUACUUUAAACAAAAAUAGUGAACAGUGAUCCUGGAGAACCAAGUGGGAAUGUUGCAGAAUCGGCAAACUUCAGUAUUGAAGUCCUAUAUAUUCUGAAUUCUCUUGAAAUCAUAACUCGUUCAAUACACAAUUGCAGAGUUUUUAGUUAUUAUGGAGGUGUCCAGAAGGUCAUUGCGCUAUUGAAAGGUACUCUAUUUGUCUCUCAUAAUUUUUUCUUAGUGAUUCCACGUGGUUUUCAAUUUAAUUUCCUUUUCUGAAGGUUUUUUCCUAGGCUGACAACGAUGCGAAAAAACUCCAUUGUUCUUGUGGAAGUUCUCUUAGUGAACCGUUUAUAUAUAAAUAACACUUUAUAUAUGUUGUCCAGACUACCUUUUCUGUUUACCUGUGAGGCUUGGUUUCUUCUUUAUUCUGAUUGAUCACUAGAUAAUCAGAAAGGAAUCGUUGUUGGUUAUCAAACACUUUUUUUCUCUAACGAAUGGUCAGAACUUCAUCUGGUUUCGAAUCCUACUUUGAGGUUCACAAGAUAUCAGAAUUUUAAAAAAGAAAAAACAAGAUCUUUCUUUUUUCCUUUCUAGGAGAUGAGAAAAUAAAGAAGUGGCUCAUAUAUUCAAUAUAAUUACUUAUUUGCUAAGUGCCGUCUCAAUUCAUCCUAUUUCAUCUGAUCUGGAAUGUGAUACAGUAGUUACGAAGAAUUAAUCUAGAAGGAACUAUUAUGGUUGGGUUAUGUUCUGGACGAGAAUAAAAAUGUGGAGGGUGAUGGAAUUGGAUGUAGCGUUCAAUUUUUGGAAUAUAUCAUUGCAUUAAGUGAGAACGUGUAUCACUUGGAAAGGAGUGCAGAAUAACAUUUGGUAUUUGCUGCUUGGGUGAAUUGGAUGUGAGACUUGUUGUCCUAGCAGUAGAGAUGGUAUUGGCAAGAAGACGGUGUUUGCAAACAAUGAUGGUGUGUUACAAAUCUGAUAUAUCACUCAGGAACUCUGAUAGAAGCCAAUAACACAAUACCGGAUGCAAGAUGUUAAAAUCCAAUGGUUUUCCGGUAUGAAUGAUGCACAAAGGGGCCUAGAGCCUUGAAGCCUGUCUUGUAAUUGGUGUGGAAGGAAAUGAUAGUGUAAACGGAGUUUCAGAAGAAAAUCAUUUUUCAUGUGGCGACGGAAUGUCGUAUGAGUGAAUAGUUACUGCCAUAUGUGAUCUGCAGAAUGGACCAAGAUUUUUUAGAUUAGUUUCAUCCAGGCAGCAUUUUUUUUUACUCUGGGUGCCUUUUUUUCUCCUGAGGGAUGGUUUCUGCGGAAGGGCACAUGGAGUGUAUGCAAGUUUUAUUAUUUAUACCGGUUUUGGAUGACUUUAGUAAGUGCAUACAGAUGAAUAAAAGAUGGAUUGUCUGGUCCAUUUUGUCAAAGUAGAUAUUACUUUGCAUUCACGAAAGUUCAACAGAGAAAGAGGUAAACAUGUAUUGAGUUAUCGAGAAAACUCUCUCUGGCUAUACCGAGGUUGUCAAAUAAUAUAUCAACGACUUGUCCCCUUGAAAACGAAUGAAUGGAUUUCACCCUCCUACAGUAUGUCAUGGUCGACACUUGCUCUAGAAUUGUUGCAGUCACAUUCUCCACUGGUUGACUUUGGCUCCCAAGAAUCUGACUGUUCCUUUCAUUCCCUAUUCGCCCAUAUGGUGGCACAUAUGAUUUGCUAUCAUACCUUUGGAUACAUGUCGAGUGGACACCAUUGAUGCCAAUCCAUCGGAAUCUCAUCCAUUACCCAAUGGAAACCCUUUGAUCUAUGUUAUACAUUAACUUAUACUCUGUUCUUCUGAGAAUGCGACGAAGAUAAAUCUGUAAGUGAUGAAUUUGCAUUUGCAAAUUGGUCAUAAUAACAGGGAAUUUCUUUAUGAGGAUGUUAGUAAGUCACAUUGAAAUAAGUUUGAAGUUGUUUUUUGGUUCUGAGGAUAUAGGCAUUUAUUUUGCAGAAGAUUGCUUACAGGGAGCAGGGUAAUUGUGACAAACAGUUUGGGAAAGGCUUUACAAUUUGUGCAAAUAGGAUUAACCUUUGUUUCCUGAGGUUCAAGAACUUCGGUGUGCCAUCGAAUUUACAGGGCAAUAAACGCUACUAGAAAUAUAAAACUUGUGUAGUAUAAAAUAUGAGCUGUACGGGACCAUGUGCUGAUUACGGUCUAGGGUGUAUUCUGUUGUUUUGAGGUAAAUGUCUGCCAUAGACCAGUCUCCCAUGGAAAAGCUCUAAGUGGCCUAGGUGUGACGUCCACUUGGUCUCGACAGUCUGGUACUGUAGUACGGGAGCUCUGAAUCCAAAAUAUGGAGGCAUAUGCAAGCAUUAAGUACUUCUGAGACCUACUGAUUAUUAGUGGAAGGCUGGGUGUAAUGUCAGACUGCUUGUGCUAUUGAAGUGUUUUAUAUUAUCUUAGUUUAUUUAUGUAAUUUGAUUAUUUCUCUCUUGGACGUUGUAUUUAUUUUUAUAAUUGAACUUGAUUCUCCAGUUCAUCUUUCAUUUGUUUGUUUGGUUCUUUCGUAGUACACUGUGUCUUGCCUUCUUGAACUUUAUUGUUUAGGUUGUUUCAUUUGGGUAGAUUAUUGACUGUAUGUUGCUUUUAGUUUUUUAUUUUCCUUGCCUGCUUAUGCACGUAAUUUUAAGGUUGCACGGAAUCAAGUUUUACUGCUUGUUCUAUUGGCAAAUGCAUUUUCUGUUGUUAACAAUAUCUAAAUAACACUGUAUCUUAUAUAUGCACUAUCUUUUGAUUGAAAAUCUGAAUUUUCUCAGCGACGGUGGUCCAGCUUAAGACAUUCACAAGUGUUCUUGGUGUUGAUGAACAUUUAUCAAACAUUGGUGUAGAGAAAACUGGGGUUUUACAGAAAAUGCUUCUUUAUGUCGUUUCAAUAAUUUUCAGUUUCACAAAUUUAAAUUCAAGUACUUCUGGGAAGACUCUGUAUAUCGAUAACAUUCAGAAUUUUUUUUCAACGGACUGGGAGUUUGAGAGGCCUUCUAUUAAUUCGAAAAGAUCUAUAUCUGAAGCAAAUGCUCAUUGGCAGCAGAAGGCAACUGUAAUGGUAAUGGAGGCAGGUGGACUUAAUUGGUUAGUUGGUAAGGCUUGGAAUUACUGUCAUUUUUCUUUCUGUCACGUAAAGUUAGAGGAAUGCAUUAGAGUUAUUAAUUUAGAUGCAACGUUCUAUUUUUAUUGUUUCCAACGGGUUGUUGACAUUUCUCUUGUACACCAUGAAUCUGCUGUACUUUCCAAAUGAUUUAAUGUGCUAAAUGUUUCCAAAUGACAUUUCUCUUGUACACCAUGACAUUUCUCUUGUACACCAUGAAAGAGAGGACAUGCUGGAAGAUUGACAGAAGAUGCAAUGACAUUUUGUAGCCCAUCUCUGGCACCUUUUUGCCGGCCAUUGGCUUUUGUAGCCUGCUGUUCGUCGAGCAUUAAUGACAUUUUGUACUCAUUAGCUAAAUACACUACUCGUUGAAAGAUCCCCUUGUUAGUUACUCUUAGUGGUGGCCUCUGUCCUAGCUGUUGCUACUUUUGGAGCAUUACUCAAAGCUUGUUGAAGAGUUGAGCUAACCCUCCAGUAGAAAUUAAGAUUGGUGGCUCAUCACUCAGCAAUGUCCACUCCCAAGGCUUUGACCUUCAGUUCUCUCUAUUUCGUUGACUAUCGCUUGGAGCCACCUUUAAAAAUUGCUAGCAGCAGCUAUGCACCAAGGGUACUCAUAAGCUUUUAAUUUUUUUUUUAUAACUUUUGGUUAGAAAAAAUGUUAUUUAAGAAAAUACCUCACGUCGAAGAAAUCAUAUACAUUAACUUCAUUUGUCAUUUCUUUCAUUUUUACUAAGUUUUUGUCAACAUAAAUUAAACAAGGCUGUUCUUCCAUUUGGAAAAUAGCAACGCUAAUUGCUUUUUUGCAUGGAGAAACUCAACUUAAAUGAGGAAUUUGUAAUAUCUUCAAUUAUAGAAAAGUAGAUGUUAAAUGAAAAAUCUGGUGAAUGCUUAACCCAAAUCCCCAAAUAUGCUUCUUUCUUACUGGCUUAAUUGGUGCUCCAAGAGUACGUUCUAUUUUCCACUUGAAAGGAAGAAAGCCAGGAUGAUGAGAGUGUUGAAACAUUUGGUUCCAGAAAGGAAUCAAAGACUGGUGCCCUAUUAGACAUCACACUAAGGACUUAGUGCUUUUUUCCCGUAUAAAUAUUUAUUUUAGUAUGAUUAGUGUAGAUCUUGCAGUUCAUUUUGUUGACAUUUGUGUUGCUGAGCUUAGGUUACGUGAUGAAACCUGGACCACCAAGUGAGGAACGAGUAAUAAAUAUUUAAAUACGUUUGUAGAACAUUUAAAUCAAUUAUUUAGAAACUUGAUCAAAUAUGGAGGGAAGACUUUGGCCGGUGAUCGCUCUUUCAGUGUCAACACAUGGUGAGAAAAUUAGCUCGUAAGUAACUAAGGAUGUGAUCACUAUGUACCCUUUGCUAUUGUAUUUAGUAACAAUCAUGUUUGUGAAUACCCUUUUCCCCGAAAUCAUCAUCUGUAUGCAGGCCAGGGAUCUUGUUUGUGCUCUGAAAUACGAUCCUCUAUGGGAGGAUCGAAUCUGAACAAAACAGUAGAGACAAAAUGUUUGUAGUGAACUCACUGACUCUCGCCAGUGACGAGAGACAAAACGACGGGAUGGACAGUCUCCCCUGAUAUCAGAGACGAAAAGGGAAAGAAGAGGGAAAGAAGAGUAAAGUGUGGGAACAAUGUUCGAGGGUUCUCGUGCGGUAUUUAUAAUCCUUCUCACGUGCUACGCACGUGCUUCUUUCUUACGCCUUCUGUAGGUCAGUAGUGGGGUGGUCGUAUCACUCUUUGCAUUUGGCUGCAAACAUAUGGUGGUUCCAGAAUUUUCUUGUUAAAGGCUAGCUAUAUUGUAAGCUUUCAGUGCCAUGAAUGUAAUGUAGAAUGAGUUUUUAUGUCACACAUAACUGGAGAGAAUUUCUAUCAAGAUAUUAAGAGGCAUUCUGGUUUCACGGAUUUCAAGUCUCAAAACAAAGAAAUCUAUUACAGUUAUUGUUUAAGUUAAACAAAACAGCUGCGCAAUGUAUUGAUUUCUUGUGAAGCCAGCGUUGUUUUAGCUAUUGAUAAAAGUUCAUUGUCAUGUACAUAUCUCCAUCUAUUUUUUUCCGUGCAAUAACAUGUGAAAGCAAAUUUUCUUUUGGAUGCUCAAUAUCUAAGUAGACUAAGUAAUUAGUAUCUUUAUCCUGUCGAAGGUACAUUGUUGAUGCAUGCAAAUGCGUUCUUUUUUCUCACUUGCCAUUUCAGUUUCACUACGAGUUGUUAAAGACCGUUUUGCGUUUGAUUUCUCUCUUUUAAAAGAUUAACCUGUUCUUGCUUCCAACAUCCAAGACCAAUGAUUUUAUAAGGAAUUCCUCUUUUAGUUAUAAGGGUGAGAUUCUCUUUGCAGAACUUUUGCGGGUAAUCAGAAGAUUGAACUUGAAAGAAAAAGGGAUUGUGCUGUCGCUCCAAUACCUGACUCUUGGUACUCUGAGAUCUGCUCUACUUCAAAAUCCACGAGCUCAGAAUCAUUUCAGAUUAAUUGGAGGCCUAGAGGUUCUUCUGGACGGGCUUGGGCUUCCAUCAAGUAAUUGUUUGAUUUCUAGGACUGAAUUUCUUUCUCACGGUGGGAGGUAACUUUUUUAAUUUUUAUUAUUUGAAAUGAAUUUUUCUCUUUGUAAAUAUUUAUCUUUUUUUGUUUUUCUGGAGAGAAUUUUUAUCUUUAAUAUGUUGUCUGUAUUCUUAUUUAACUUGAUCAAUAAUAUUGUGUCAAUUUUUUUAAUUCAAUUUGGUAGCCUGCUAUGUUUGAUAGUUAUUGUCUUUUUAUUACUUGUGGCAAUGACCGGUUUAUGGAUUGGGGUAGCCUUCUUAGUUUCGUGCUAGCUCCGACAGUAGUGGUAUCUUUUAAUGUCAUUGCUUCUUUGUUAUUGCCAUUUUUGAAUUCUUUGGUCAUUCAAUCUUAUGGCCUGUAACGCUGAAUUUUAUCUUUCGUGACAAUGGUUCCACAAUAUCGUUGAAAGAGAGGGAGAUGUACACGUAAAUACUAGUUAUACAUCAUUAGUAUCUGAAUCCAACUUAGAAUGGAGCCCAAAUUUAGAAAAAUCUAACUUUGGAGAGAUAGUCUUCUCGUUUGUUCCUAUCUUAUAUAAUUGAUUCCUUCUUGUCACAAUCUCUGUCUAAAAGCUUAUAUCAAAUUCUUUUGCAGGAGUGGAAAUCAUUUGUUUGGUAUUUUUCAGCUCCAAAUUCUAUCUUUGGAAGUUUUGAGAGAGAGCAUGUAUCCUUACAGAAUUGUCACCUGUUCGUUCCCUUUCUUGCUAAUUAUGAAAAUAUUCUAUUAAUGAACGCAUAUGAACUGCCAUAAUCACAUGUUUUCUUGCAUAAUUGUGAAUUUAUUUUUCUUGUCUGAAAAUUUACUGGGAUUCAUUAUACUUCUAUUCUGCUUCCCGCCAAAGUAUUUGUGAACAUGUACAGUAGGUGUGGAAAUGUCUCUGUGACGAUCUUUUCAAUGCCUCGGUACAAGAACAACUUAUUUAUUGUUUUCACUUUUUGUGAAAAUUACCCAAAAUCAUCUGGAGGAAUGCAAGGCACGUGUUCCAAAUCUUUGUUCGAUGACCAAUCUAAUAACUUGUUUGCAGGUGCAGCUCAAUGUAAUUUUUUCUUUUUUGGAACUUGAUACAUCUUGUAGUCUACUGACUACUAUGUUUGUGAACCUUUUGAUGAAAUUGGCAUUGUUCUUGCCUUAUCUAUGGCUAAUUCUCAUCACAUUAUUUGUAGUUUUGUGGAAUUUUUUGGUUCUAUGCAGUAGGUAGAGAAAAAUAGAACGGAUCUCUGGUGUAUAUGUGUGAGGAAAAAUAACUGAUUACGUGAUGUAUGAAUAGUCAUAGAUAUGAUCUGAUUACCUGAUGUAUAUCAUGUUAAAUGCCUGCAUUUGGAGAAUUUAUGUUUUGUAUAUUCGUCAAUGUUCCAUUUUUGAUUAAAUUUAAUGUAACGAGGAUUCAGUUUCAUCAACUUCUAAGAUAUUGCAUUAAAAUUUUCACGUUACUUUUGAUGUUGUAAUUUUUUUUUUGUAACUCUUAGAUAUUCUUCUUUUUGAUAUUAUUAUCGAGCAAAUUGUUGUCACGUACUCAUUCAUGAGCAGUCAUCUGGUUUGUACUUAUUUAUUUUUAUUAAUGACUUUCUUUGGAGUCCUUAAAGCUUCUAUAGCUUUGGAAACAUGAACAAUUUGCAGUUCCUUUGUGAAAACGGUAGAGUGCAGAAGUUUGCAAACAGCCUCUGUUGGCCUGCCUUCAUGUUUCAGGAGUUUAGGCAGUGGAUGAGGGAUUCAGAUGAAUGCCACUCUGUUGCGGAACUAGCAGCAGAUAACCCCAAAAAGGUCCAUUUAAAAGAACAUUGCUCUCGAGAUGAAAACUAUUGUUCUAACUCAGAAUGGAAUUUAUAUGCUGUAAAGUUGAGCAGAGCUCUUUGUUCUUUCCUUCUACCGCCUGAAGAUGUCGAGCUUGAUGCGAGACCAAUAUCAAGUGCUCAGACGUCCAUACCUGUCUCAUUGGCAUACUGGGAGGUUUCUGCAAAAUGGACGAUUAAGGUUCUCUUUGCUGUUUUUCCAUGCAUCAAAGCCUGCUCGACUGAAAAUGAGCUGCCAAAUCAUUUAAGGUGAACACUUUAUCAGGAUAUGUAUCACAUCUUACAGUAUAAGUACUGUUGGGAAGCUUUACGAAUCUUUCUUUCUUGUUUAGAUCCUAUCCAUAUUUGAAUGGUUUAUAUUUAGUUAUUGACAUCUAUAUUCGAAUACCAGCAUCCCAGAGAGCAUAAUAUAUUUUCACAGUUGUCUACACAUCGUAUGCCUUCUAUCCCUUUUUUUAAAAAUGAGACAAGAAGAAGUAUCAACCCUUUUUCGUGUUUUUUAAUUUGACACGGUUUCUUAAAUAAAGAAAUAGAUUUCACCAAAACAAUCACUGGAAAUGAGCGAAUGAUUCAAUUGGUGCAAUGUGUUCCAAGCUAAACUUUAACCGGUUUCUUCUUGACCAUUUUUGUAUUUUUGCAGUUUUAUUAAAGCAUACUUGUGUCCUGUUAUUUGGUUUCACAUAUUGUUAUUCAUUCCCUUUUGAUACCUUUCUGUUGAUGUCUACAGGAUCUUUGCCAAUAUUUUGCAGAAGCACAUCCUGUAUGCAUUCAGAAAACUGCUUCUAUCUGCACCGGGACUAUUAGAUGCUCUUCGAGAGGAGGGGAUGUGGGACUUUGUUUUCUCAGAGAUUUUUUUCUACUUUGUGCCAGUACUGGAAGAUGCCUCGAUGGAUAUUGGCCCCUGUCCAGGGGAUGUUAUAGAUAAGCCAGAGAUUGUCUCUUUUUCUGAGAAUUGUUUGGAUCGUCAGCAGCGUGAUAGUGUUGACAUUUUUCAUUUGGAGGUCAUUUCAUUUGUGGAAUUUGCGGCGACACUCAAUAUGAACAAGCAUAAUAUGGUAUGCUCAUCAUUGUCCCUUCUUUCAUGUGAUUUUUUUUAAAAAUUUGGAGUGCAUGUAUGUAGGGAUCUGUUUCUCUUCUUUCGUGUCUAUGGGAAAAAUAAAUGUGAAAUCUUAACACUAAACCAAUAAAAAAGAAAGAGCACAAAGGGGUGGGUUACAAUGCCUGCUCCAACGUGGGAUCUGAGAGCCUCUUUUUUGACGUCUUUAUGCAUAAAAAGGGAAAGUCAAUCCGUACAAAAGGGUUGAUAACAGAAUAUAAUUCAGCCCUAAUUAUAGGGUAGAACUCUACCUAAACAGAUAAGACUAAAAACAUGUCCUCUUUUUUGCCUACCCCAUAUUUUCUGAAAUAUGCUAUUAUUAUGGAUAACAGUUGCCCCAGGAAACAAGCAGACAAUCCUGAUGCGACUGUUCAUAUGCUUUAAUGUGGUAGUUUAUCCGGAACAUCUUUCGGAUAAAUCCAAUUAAUAUGCUGGAGGUCGUUUUGGGCUAUCAUUUCUUCAUGAGCUUACAGGAUGCUUGCCUGCAAUUUGAACAUGUUGUAUUCUUUUUUCAUCUGCAAAUUCCGCAAAAGAUGUUGUUUUCAAAUGUUUUGGGACUCAUUAUUUUUGUUUGUUUUCAUCUUAAUGGCAGCCUGAAUGCUCAUCUCUUUUAGAUGCACUGGAGCAAUCUGCUUGUAAUCCUCAGAUUGCUAGUAUUCUUUUGAGGAGUCUCCAUCGAAUUCUGCAACUUGCAUUCGAGCAGACUGUCGCUUCUUUCAGGUCUCUUGAUGCAGCGUCUCGGAUUCUCAAAGUUGCUUGUAUUCAGGCUGAGGAGCACCGGAAACUUGGAAAGUUGAUUACUGAGGAUGAAUUUGACAUUGGAAGUAUUGAUUCAACGGAUAGGCAGAUUUCCGAUGCUAUAGAGACUUCCAAAAUUUGGCUCAGUUGCAUGGAGGCAUCCUUGGAACUUUUCACUGAAUUUCUUCUCUCCGCAGAUGAUGGAAAAAGUCUGGUAAUGCAUAAUGCACUUUGUAUUGAGUGCUUAUUUGAUCUAUUCUGGGUAGAAAGUUUGAGAAGUCGGAUUUUGGGUCAUAUUCUUUCACUAUUGAAGGUACUAACAAGCUUUCUAUUCUAGUAUUUUGUGUAACAAUACUGUAUUGCUUCUUGAUGUUUAGUAAAUUUUGUACAGAUUUUCACUAUGCCUUUUUGCAGAUGCCACCAUCCUCUCCAGAAGACCACAUGGGGAAGUUGCAGUUGUGUUCCAAGUACUUAGAGACAUUUACUCGUGCAAAAGAAAGAGAAAAAUGCUUUGCUGCAUUGUCAAUUGAUCUGUUGGUUGGCAUGAGAGAUGUUAUUUCUACUGAUCGAAUGGUAAGUUUUGGCCCGUUUUAAUUUGUCCUUUCAAUCGAGUCGUAGUUUUACCUAGACUAGUGAACUAUACUUCUAUACCAAACACUCAUGGGACUAUCUUUUGUCUUCAGUACUAUCAGACUUUGUUUUGUGAAGGGGAAUGCUUUUUGCACAUUGUAUCUUUGCUAAACGGUUCUCUUGAUGAAGAAACUGGGGAACAGUUGGUGCUUAAUGUUUUAGGGACUCUGACAUCACUGCUCUGUGGAAAUGUUGUCUCCAAGGUAACGUUCAUUUCUGUUUUUUGGGUUCAUAUCAAAGAAUGUUUUGGGAAAAUGAAGUUAGAUAAUCUACAUUUACUGUAUUUUCUUUUUGCAAAAGUACAUUUUUGUCUGCACAUUUACUCAAAAGAUUAUUAUCUUUAUUAGGUAUUCGUUUAUCAAUAUUGUAUGGUGAUGGAUAGUUAUGCGGUUCCAGGCACAUCAAAUGUGGCCUAUGGCCAUUUAAUAAAGCCAGUAUACUUUUGUUCAAAGCCAGUCUUAAGACACCCCAGUGUUUUAAAUCGUAAACUGCUGAUGGCAAUCAAACUUGGAUUUUUCUCUUAUUCUUCUCGUAUUCCUGUAUUACUCGUGAUCUGUUAUUUACUCUAUAUUCUACUUUUGAUGUUGAAACGAGGGUGAUGAGGGCAUGUACUUCGCAUUUUUCCUAUCUUUUUAUUGAAUUGACUGCUUAUUUUCCCAUUUCAUUUUGUGCAGGUAGUCUUCAGGGCCCUUGUUGGUGUUGGUUACCAAAUGUUGCAGAGUUUACUUUUGGAUUUUUUCCAGUCCCACCCCAGCAUGAAACUGUUAAAUGCCCUCCUUGACAUGCUUGUGGAUGGAAAGUUUGAUGAUAAGAAGAUCCCUAUGAUAAAGGUAUUUUCUUGAAAUGCACUUUCCAUAUUUUAAUUCCAAACUAGCACAACUUGAUGCUUGGUUCUGAGAAUUUCGUUGAUAUUUUAUUUGCACAUUAUAGAACUGGUUUAGCCUUUGAGUUGUGGCAUUUAGUUGUCCUGGGUUAUCCGUACAAGUUGUAGAUAAAUAGGCACCUCUUUCCUAGCGUGAGCAUUUAAUUUGAUGAAAUUUUAAGAAAGCUGCAUCAUUACUGUCCGGAACAUAAUUAAAGCUUGAGUAUGAUCAUCAAUCUGUUUCUAAAGGAAAGGAUCUUGUUUUCUUAGAAUAUACUCACUUUUGUAUUUUUUUGGUCAAGUUGAUAUUUUGUGAUCAUAGGGUCGGAGGGAUGACAAAGGUUUGGUUUUAAAUAUCUUUUAAUUCUGUUAAUUAUUUUCAAUCGAGGUGCAGAUUGCUGGUAAGAAAAAAGAGAUGUCACGGUUUCAAAUGUUAUUUCAACUAAUUUUCUUUGCCUUUCUUGGAUGCAGAAUGAAGAUGUGAUUCUUCUUUUUCUCAAUGUUUUGCAAAAGGUUUGUGUACCAUCCUUACAUUUUGGCUAUAUAUUCUUCCAUUCAAGUUUUGAUGACAAUGCUAUAUUACUAUAUCUGUACCUUUGAUUGGGCAGAGCAGUAACUCUUUGCAACAUUAUGGCCUUGAUAUCUUUCAAAAAUUGUUGCGGGAGUCAGUCCCCAAUCGAACUUCCUGCUGCAGGGCAGGAAUGCUUAGUCUUCUUCUUGAUUGGUUUCGUCACGAAGAACAUGGUGAUAUGAUCAUCAUGAUUGCUCAACUAAUUCAAAUUAUUGGUGGGCAUAGUGUGACUGGGAAAGAUAUACGUAAGAUUUUUGCUCUUCUUCGCAAUGAGAAGAUUAGAUCGAAGCAAAACUGCUGUACAUUGCUUCUAAACAGCAUUGGAACCAUGCUCAGAGAAAAAGGACCUACUGCAUUCUUUGAGUUCAAUGGUUUUGACUCCGUAAGUUACUACAUUUUGAACUUUACUAAAUUUAUUUUCUAUUCUUUGAACAACUCCUAUGAAAUUUUUGUGAAAGCAGUUGACUGCAUAAUAGAAUUAAGUGUUUUCUAGUAGUAGUGGUAGUCCUGUUGCUACAUUUAUAUGAUCACUGCAAUCACCAGAUUGCUGAACUGGAUAGCAAUUACUCUGAUUGGUCAAUAAUCUGAAAAACUUGUUUUUAUGAUUUAUGCUUUGAAAAUUAUGCAUGAGUCUCCUACUAAUCGUCUGGUUUUUGAAAUGUGCUUCCAUGCUUAAUAAUGAGUCACACAUAUAUGAAAUGGAGAUAAAAUCUCAAUCAAUUACUCAAGGUUUGAAAUCAGUGAUGGAGUACACAGGAGAACUUAAAAAUCUAUGGCAGGAGCUUGAUCUUGGGACUGAAGAACCUAAAGAAAUUUCUAGAUUACGAAAUUUCAUAAACUGAAGGCGGGUCUUUAAAUUUUUGGCUGGUUUGAGUCCUAUUUUUGAUCAUAUCAGACAACAAAUUUUAUGACGUGAAAAGGAGACUAAAUCUGAAUGAGGUGAUAUCAAUUGUACUGAAUGAAAAGAGUCGUAAAAAAUUGAUGCUGUCUACUAAGGAGUCGGAUAAUACAAUAUUUUUAGCCAAACUAGGACACACCAUUAAAUCAGAAGAAUAUCCAAAUCAUCAAUCAUCAUCUGUGCAAGGGAAGAACCAGAUAAAGAAAAUAUUUGGCGCACUAACUGCAGGAAACCCUGUCAUACCAGGGAGCGAUGUUAUAAACUCUAUGGUAAACAAUGAAAUUUUAAGAAUCAAGUGAAUCAGGCUCACAUGGUGAUUGAUUCUGCAUCCAAUCAAAAGUCUAAACAAACAGACCCAAGACGGUUGAUUCAACUCUAUCAAGCGAAGUAGAGAAACUUCGCCUUGAAUUAGAGCAAUUGAAGGCAAUGGUAACACAACAUUCACAACCAUCAACGAGUCAUCAAAUUGGUGAGUUCCACUGUUCUCUUAGUGUUCGAGCUCCGUCCCAAGAUAUUAUUGGAUGAUGGGUAUUAGAUUCAGGAGCAACAAAUCAUAUGACAAAUUCAUCAUAUCAUUUCAUUACCUACUCCCCAUGUUCUAGUGACCGAAAAGUGUCUAUUGUUGAUGGUACACUUCUACUAUUGAUGUCUCAUUCAUUCAUAAUCAUAAUCCAGCUAAAGGUGAAUUAGAUCCAAGAUCCGUCUAAUGUAUAUUUAUUGGAUAUUCAACAACUCAAAAAGUGUAUCAAUGUUAUCGUCCACCAACUCAAAAAUUCUUUACAACAAUGGAUGUUACCUUUCAUGAAUCAAUUUUUUACUUCUAGAAAAACUCUCAAGACACUUUUUUGCCAUUUCCUUUACCUGGUUUUUUCUCAUGAGUUUCUUUUCCUCCAUGUCAAAUUAUUUUACUAAUUCAUGUGUCUGACCAAAGUCCAUCUCUUCCUGAUCCACUUCUUGAAAAACUCAGAUUUGGUCAGGUUUAUUCAAGGACACGAGUACCUCCAAAUCUGGAUCAGCCCAAGACUUCGAAUUGGCCUUAACCAAUGACCAAGAAACCACAUUUAUCCUUGUAGAAAAUACUACUAGUCCUCAAUCCAAUGACCUUUCUAUUGCCCUCUGGAAACCUCAAGGAGCUUAUACAAAAUACCCAUUAUGCCCUUCAGCAAACUUUAUUUCCUAUCUUAAACUUUCUCCAUCUUAUAGAACCUUCCUUGCUGCCUUGGAUAAUAUUACCAUUCCAGUUAAUAUUUCAAAAGCUCUCUCCAAAAAAGAGUGGAAACAAGUCAUGAAUGAUGAGAUGCAUGCUCUUGAGAGAAAUAAUAUAUGAGAGCUUGUACCUCUCCCUAAGGAUAAACAGGCAGUUGACUAUAAAUGGGUUUAUUGUAUAAAAUGCAAUACUGAUGGAUCAGUUGAAAGGUACAAUGCUGGACUUGUACACAAGUUUAUGAAAUUGACUACCAUGAAACUUUUUCUCCUGUGACAAAAAUGAACACAAUCAGAAAGUAUUCAACAAAUGGUGUGAAGAAUGCCUUUCUUCAUGGGGAUCUUACUAAUGAAGUAUAUAUGUAUUAUCCACCUGGUUAUGGAGAAAAUUUUUCGUCUAACAUUGUUUGCAGACUAAGAAAGUCGUUUUAUGGACUGAAAGUCUCCAGGUGCAAAUAAUGCUAAUCACACAUUAUUUUUCAAACAUAAUCAGGGGGAGUUACUAUACUCCUAGUUUAUGUUGACGACACCAUAAUUACUAGAGGUGAUGACAUUGAACAUAGAAGUUUGAGCAAAUAUCUUGCCAAGGAAUUUGAUAUCAAGACUUUGGGUCGUCUUAAAUAUUUUUUAGGCAUUGAGGUGGCUCAUUCUUUUAAGGGCAUAUUCAUCUCUCAAUGAAAGUAUGUGAUAGAUUUUCUAAAGGAUACUGAAAAGUCUGUAUGCAAACUAGCUGGCACCCCCCUUGAUCCUAACCACAAACUUAGUGUUGGUGAAGGGGAGGAGUCUAUUGAUCAAAAAAUGUAUCAACGUCUUAUUGGACGAUUGAUAUAUCUCACACACACUAGACCCGACAUCUUGUAAAUAGUUAGUCUUUUAAGUCAGUUUAUGCAUUAGCCAACUGAAUCUCAUCUUCAUGUUGCAUAUCAGGUGUUACACUACUUAAAAGGAACUAUUGGAAAAUACAUUCUCUUCAAACGUGGUGGUAACCUAACAGUUGAGAUGAAUACUGAUGCUAACUAUGCUGGUUCUCUUUUAGAUCAUUAGUCAACUUCAGGUCUUAUGAUGUCUAUAGGAGCAAAUUUGGUUACUUGGCACAGCAAGAAACAUAAUGUUGUUGCUCGCUUAAGUGCAGAAGUAGAAUUCAGGACACUUGCAUAUGGAAUAAGUGAACUACUUUAGGUGAAAAUUUUACUCACUGACCUAAAGAUUCCCAUUUCAGGUCCUAUGAAGUUCUACUGUGACAAUAAAUCUGCAAUCAAUCUUGUGCACAAUCCUAUUCAACAUGAUCCCACAAAGCAUGUGGAGAUAGACCACAUUAUCAAGGAAAGCUUGGAAUCUAAAGAAAUCUGUAUUCCCUACAUCUUCACUCAACAUCAACGAAUUGAUUUGGUGACAAAAGGUGUCUCUGCGACUCAACUACAAGAAGUGCUCUCCACGUUUGGGAAUGGAUGAUAUCCACUCACUAACUUGAGGGGAGUGUUGAAAUACAGUGUAAAUGCUGCGUUAGCAGUUGGGUUGAGGUGUAUCACGUGCUUCACUUAAAGAAGCACGUGAGCAUCACCUGUAUGUCUCGAGAUGCAAGGCUUUAUGUCUAGAACCUUCUCCUUGGAUCUGUUAUAAAUACAGAUCCCUAUUUCGAUGUAAACAUAUCUUGAAGUCAUUUUCCCCUCAUAUGUUGUGAAUAGAAGUUCCUUUUUUUCCCUUCCACGAGAAAUUCAACAAACUAGAGGAAAUUCAAGAAGAAAUACUAAUUUUAUAGACUACGAUUCAAGUUUAAUAAAGUAUUUCAUAGACAUUUGAUGAAGGCAUUUUACAUGGGACUCUAUAUUUACUUGGGUAAAAGAGUUGUGGGGUACUUGAGAUGUUGGAGCAUAUUUCGCCAUCAUCCUUUUAAAACUUUUUUGACUGAAGUUGUUUAAAUUGUUUUGUUUGUUAUUAAUAAAAUUCCAUUAAAGUUCUCUUGGAAGAAUGAAUAUCCGGAUAUUAAGAGCAAGGUUUUAUCUCUCAUGAAGCUAUAUUUUGAUGAUAAAACCGUAGUGAAGAUUGCUAAUAACUCUAAUGAACAUUGUGAGACAAAUCAUAUUUAAGUAGAUUGAGACUUUAUUUGGGGGAUGAUAGAAUCUAGAGAAUUUUGUCUGUUUUAUGCUUUUCCUUGAUAUUAAGUAGCAACAAAUGAUAUAUAUGGUCAGCUUGGGGGGGAGUGCUGAUGAUGUCUUCUUAAUGUGACCCUUCAUUUUAGUUUCGUAUUUGAGUGAAUUAUUUCAUAUAUUGGACCCCAAGUGAAACGAGUUGACUUGUGUUGGGUCUUGUGAUGUACUGCUUUCUUCUCCUCUCUCUCUCUCUUUCGCUCGCUCUCUCUCUAUAUAUAAUAGGAAUGUAAGGUCAUAAUUUUAAAUAUUGAAGUAUCCUUGCAUUUGUGAACUUGUAUUUUGACAUGUCAUUAUUGCACAUCUAGCUUAUAUAUGUGAAUUCUGUGUGUUGAACUCGUCAUAACUUCAAGUAACUUUUAUCAUCUCCUUUAUAAUUUCCCUCAUAUGUUCUUGUGGUUGAGACAUUCUCUCUUUCAUAGGGAAUCAUGAUAAAGACCCCAGUCCAGUGGUCAUGUAAUAAAGGAUUCUCAUUCACAUGCUGGAUCAGGGUAGAACACUUCCCAGUUGGAACUAUGGGUUUGUUCUGCUUUCUAACGAAUAAUGGAAAGGGUUGCUUGGCUACGUUGGACAGAGAUAAACUUAUUUUUGAGGUAUAUAUCAUCUAUAACUACAGACUGCAGCAUUAAGAAUAUGAAGAUUUUUUUUCUUGUUCUAUGGAUUUUAAUUUUAUCGAAACAAUUUUAAAAUUUUGGAUUUCUUUAGGCUUGGAUUUCCUUGUCUAUGAUUAUUUUUCUGUACGUUACUUAUUUCGUCAUCACAAAUGCCUUUGUAACGUAUCCAAGAUUUGGUUGACUCAACAUGUUACAGAGGUUAGCUGACAAAAUAACUAUGGGUUAAGAGUUGGGCAGUGGACAAAUUUGUAUUGGCAAAUUUGGUUGCAUUAUUAGUGUUGAUGCUAACAGUUCUCUAAAAAUGAAGCAAAUACCUUUAAAGCACACGCUAUCUAAUAGAACUCUAAUGUAGUAGGGAUUAUGAGAAACCUAUCUCACGAUUUUCGUUUAGUUAGUUAACACUAAUAAUGCAACCAAAUUUGAUAAGGCGUCAUUUAGGGUCCCGCUUACUAUGAUAUAUAGGCCUUGGAGAACUUUUAUGGAGGUUGGUACCUGGUUGAAAUAUGUAUAGUAGAUUAAGAAAUAAGCCCCAUGCUCCCAUAAAGGAAAAAUAAACUCUUAAUAAAUGACAUUCUUCGGCCUCCUAGGAUAAGAAAAACCUUCUCAACUUAAAAUUCUGCCACUUGAACAAAUGGUCGUUCCAUUCAUUUCAAUGGCCCAAAAUGAGGAUGAGCUGCUAUAUCCUGAUGCCCCUCCUUAAUACCCAGUUACAUCCAGUUACAUUGCCAAAUUCUCUUAAACUCCAUAGUGCGUGUCGUGUAUGAUGAGAAAGGCUAAAUGUUUUUGACCUAGGUGGCCCAAAAUUGGUGGGCUAGGCAUUCUGGAAACUUGAAAGAUGGGCUACAGAGAUGAGAAUACCUUAAAAGACUCAGAACAAAAUUAGGCUCAAAGAAAGUGUGUGAAUAACGAGUCAGAGCCAUUUCAGAAACUGACGUGUUUUUUAGGCUAUUUGAAUUUGCUAGAACCAAAUGAAAUGUUUGUUAGGCUGUUUUGAUUUUGUUUCAUAGUUUUUUUUUGAUUUUUAGGGCGCUCUAAUUGAUUUUAGGCCUCUUCAAAGGCUAUCACAUUGUAAACUUGGGGGAAUUUUUGUUUGCUUUGAGGAAGUUUUAAAUGCUUGUGGAUUCAAGGGAAGUUAUUUUGAUCCUUGUGGAUUCAAGAUUUAUCCAAAUCAACCCUUGUGAAUUGAGGGAACUCUAUUUUGAUCCUUGUGGAUUCUAGAAUCGUCCAAAUCAAUGCUUGCGGAUUCAAGGGUGUAUUUCUGAUCCUUGUGAAUUCAACGGUUGUCUAAGUCAUCUUUGUGGAUUCAAGGAUUGAGGGAAAAUCGUGUCUUGUGGAUUCAAGGUCCAAUUUCAUCCUUCUCACGCUCCAGAUUUGUCUCUUGCGAAUUGAAGGAUCAAAUCUUUCAUUCUUCUCAUCUCUCGGACUUGCUUUCAAGAGAAACAACAUUGAUUGUACUGGAUUACUGUUGUUGCUUCGAUUAUUCUGUAUACUGCGAAUGUCAAAAUAUGUUGGUUUGCCUGAUGAGUUUAUCACUAUUUCUCUAUUCAUCUGUUCUUUCAGUCUAUCAACCAGAAGAAGCAGUGUAUUUCAUUGCCUAUCACUGUGUUUUCAAAGAGAUGGCACUUUCUGUGUAUCACACAUAAUAUUGGUCGAGCAUUUUCUGGAGGAAGCGUACUAAGGUGUUAUAUAGAUGGUGACUUAUCAUCUUCUGAAAAAUGCAGGUGAUUAUACUUUUUUGACUCACACUUUUCUUAAGGAUCAUUGUAGAUCAAACGCAGGGGAUAACCUAUCUGUAACUGCACAUCUUUCUUAAUUUCAGGUAUCCGAAAAUUAAUGAUAAUCUUACAUGCUGCACGAUUGGAAUGCAACCUGCAGUUCAUUAUGAAGAAAACUCUCACCGCCCAACAGAAGACUCGUUUCCAUUCCUUGGUCAAAUGGGUCCAACUUAUUUGUUUGGUGAUGUCCUUUCAGUAGAUCAGGUCAGGGGUAUCUAUUGUCUGGGACCAAAUUACAUGUAUUCGUUUAUUGCUAAUGAAUUUCCGUUGACUUCAAGUGGUAAUGGAGCCUUUGAUGCAAAAGAUGGUCUCUCAUCGAAAAUCAUUUUUGGUCUUAAUGCACAGGUUAUUCUUCCUAUCAGAUCAGCCAGUCUACCUUAUCUCAUUAUUCAUUUUAACCAUCUAAGUUAAUCUUUUAUUUCUCACAGGCUAGCGAUGGCAGGGCAUUGUUUAAUGCUUCAUCAGGUUCUGAUCACAUCUUGAAUAAAAACUUAUUUGAAGCAACCGUUAUGGAUGGAACCCAAAUAUGCUCGCGGCGUAUGUUGCAAGAGAUUAUAUAUUGUGUUGGUGGAGUUUCCGUAUUCUUUCCUCUCUUGGCUCAGUUGGGUAUUCCUGAAGCAGCUAAUGAAGAGCAAGACUUGGAAGAGAAAGAUGAAAAGGAUAAAUUAGCUGCAGAUGUUUUAGAACUUAUAACGUCUGUUUUAGAUGAAAAUUUAGCAAAUCAGCAACAGAUGCACCUACUUCAAGGCUUUUCUAUACUUGGGUUUUUACUCCAGUCUGUUUCUCCACAUUGGCUAAAUGUGCACACUUUUUUAUCUUUAAAGAGAAUGCUUGACGUUUUGAGGAACUCUGGUACUGUAUGAAAUCAUGCUUAUUUUUCCCUUUUUAUCUCUCUCAGUUGAUAUGUUAUGAUCUUGAGUAGUUGCUUUAUAUUAAUUCUAUGUUGAAGUUUAUCAUAGGAUUUUUUUUGUUCGUUGAAUCAGGUAAUUCUGAGCUAGUGAAAGAUGCUAUUUCAUGGAUUUAUUUGAACCCUCACGUCUGGGUGUUUGCGGAGUUCAAGGUGCAACGUGAAUUAUAUAUGCUUCUCAUACACUAUUUUGAAAAUGAUCCAAGUCUGUUGAUAAAGUUGUGUGGAUUUCCAUGGGUUCUGGAUACGAUUCGCCAGUUUUAUUGUGAGAAACCGGAUUAUCGCUCAUCCUUUGCGGGCAUACCUCGUUUGCAUUUGACAACUAAGCUGUUAUCUGGAGGGAGACUAACUCUGGAUGAAGUUCAUAAGAUUCGUCUUCUCCUACUGAGUCUGGGUGAGAUGAGUUUAAGGUGAGCUUUUAGUGCACUGCCAUGGUUUCUGAAUGAAACACAAGGUCCAUCUUCAUGUGUUUUAUUUAGUGCCAACUGCAAAAAAAGUACCGCAGGGCGUUGUUAUCUGGUCUGCCUUUUUGUUGUUGCGAUUUAUCUUCAUAUGAUGAUACCACCUGUAUUGCUUCAUUCUCAAAGUUUUGAUCCUGGUUAUUGAUUUCGCAGGCAAAAAAUAUCUGUUACGGAUAUAAGGGCUCUCUUGUCUUUUCUUGAGAGAAGUCAAGAUAUGGUGUGCAUUGAGGAUGUGCUGCAUAUGCUUAUUCGUGUUCUCUCUCAAAAGCCUUUGUUAUGUUCUUUUCUAGAGCAGGUUGAUUUGCUGGGCGGCUGUCACAUUUUUAUCAAUCUACUGCAUAGGUCUGUAAUCUUUUCUUGAUUUGAAAAGGCUAUAUUGAUUUACGUCAAGUUUGUUGUUUCCCGAGAAAGACAACUUUAAUUCCAUUUGACAAUUCUUCCCAAGAAUCUGCUUAUGGUUUUCGACUACCCUUCAAUUGUGGCAUUGUGAGGUUUUAUGAGGAACGGUCUGAGCUUUCUCGUAAUGAUUUUCCUCAUUGGAGGCAAAUGUAGAUGGUUAAAUCUUCUUCAAGCUUUCAAGCUAUAUAGAUAUAACUUAUCAUAAGCCACUCUUUCGACCAUUUCUCUAAUAGAUUGCUUAAGCAGCUCUAGGAAUCUUCUUCAUUUUAUCUAGUUAUGUAUUGCUCUGUGUAUGUUUGUUGAGUUUUAUGACUUAACUGAUGUUUGUUUUCACAUAAAUUUGUUUAAAAUUUUCUUGGGGAGGAAUUAGAUUGUCCCUGUUCACGUAUUUUGUGGAGACGAAAACUACCUAUUCCAAAAAAUGUUUUUUGGUUCCUUAUUUGAGUGGUGAUUAGCAUACGUAAAAUUCAAAAUCCAUUGAAUUGUAUGUAAUUACUUCAGUUUUGCAUUAUAGGGAUUUGGAACCGAUAAGGCUGCUUGCUUUACAGUUUCUGGGAGAGCUUCUUGUUGGACUUCCUACGGACAAAAAAGGUUCAAAAUUCUUCAGUCUCUCUGUUGGGCGGUCUAAAUCUAUUCCUGAGAGUAACAGAAAAGAAGGAAACACAAGAUUGCAACCAAUUCUUUCUGCAAUCUGUGAGAGAAUGUUCAAGUUUCCUUUUUCAGAUCAUUUGUCUGCCACAUUAUUUGAUGUUCUUCUAGGUGGUGCCAGUCCUAAACAGGUUGGUAUUCGCAUAUCAGACUGACCAUGAAUACUAUGCUAUUUCCUAAUCUGAUGGUAUUAUCUGAAUACGAUCACAGGUUUUACAGAAACGUGGUCAAGUUCAAUUUAAUAAGGUUGACAAUUCCAGAUAUUCUUCUCAUUUCAUCCUUCCACAUAUUUUGGUGCUUAUUUUCAAGUUCUUGGCACGUUGUGAGGACUGCAGUUCUCGAGAAAAGAUUUUAAGGGAUUUACUAGAUCUUAUUGAUUCAAAUCCCUCUAAUAUUGAAGCUCUGAUGGUAUUCACUUCCCCUCUCUGCCAAUAUGACCGUUUGAGAAUAUCAAAUUCAUUUCCCUUCCCUUUUUAAUGGACAGGAAAUUGGCUGGAGUUCCUGGCUAGAGACGUCUGUAGAGCUUUAUGCAUCUAAAAAAUGUGAAGCAGGGUCUGGAACUCAUGAGGAUGGUUCGAAUAAAAAUGAGCAGACCCUUGUUAGGAGCUUGUUUUGUGUUGUUCUUUCUCACUAUAUUUUUUCUGCCAGGGGUGGUUGGCAUCAAUUAGAGGAAACUGUGAAUUUUAUAUUACUGAGUUCCAAUCAAGUAUGUCAUGUUUAUUUUGGUUAUUUUUUACACAUUUUACAACUGAAUAUGAUGUACAAUUUAUUAAGGUAUAUGCAAUAAUUCAUCUCGUUUUUUCUUAUCUAUGUGUGGACGCAGAGGCAACUGCCGAAUCACCUAUUGCUUCGACAUAUCUUUGAAGAUUUGACGGCAAGUCUUAUUGAAGUAGCCCAUGAAGAAACCAUCCUUCUUUCACAGCCAUGCCGGGACAAUACAUUAUAUCUUUUAAAACUUCUUGAUGAGAUGCUUAUCAGUGAAAAUGAUGAUAAACUCCCGGUAUUGAUGUUUACACUAGUUCCAUUGUGUAGAAAUUGAUGUCCAUUCUUAUAGUUGCUUCAAUAGGCUUUAGUUUUGUAAGCUCUGCUGUGUGGUAACCCACCAGACUGUUAACCAGAAUCAUUUUUUGAAUUAAUUUGUUAUUUCUGUCAUAAUUAAAGUAGAUUAAUGGUUCUGUUCCAAAAUUUUCUCUAGUUUCCUGCGGGUGGAUUCAAUACAGUUGUUCACUUUGGUUCGCAACAGCCAGGGAGCCAAAGGGACAUCGCCUUUGCCAUUGGUGAAAUCUUGAAUGCUGAAGGGGUCGAUCAACUUCCAAGGUGAGCCUCUCUCUUAUAGGUCUGAAGUCCAAAUCCAAUCAUGAUUCAAACAAGUGGAUGAUUGGACAUUUAUGUUGAUUCAACUUCUUUUGUACUGUUUACAAAAUGAGAAUUUCUGAUUGCAAAAUGAUGGAUGUUUCUCUAGUCUUUUUGUUUGCUACGCUGACUUCAUUUGUUUUGCACCAAAUGUUGAGAAUUUAAUUCCAUCAGCUUCAGCGCAGAUAAUUUUUGUUAGUUUUUAGACAAUCUUCAUUAUGAUAACAAGUUUUUAGUGCAGUAGAUAUUAAAAUAUGGUCUUUAUCAAGUACUAGGAGUGGACAGCCUGAGUGUCGACUGACGCAUUAUUCAUAAUCUCUGUUCUUUUUAAUCUAUUAAAAUUUCACUGAGAAACUGGACUUUUUUGAGUCUCACUUGAGGAUCUUUUUUACUUAUGUUACGUUUUUUUUUACACCGUCCUAUUUUUCUAUCAUGAUUUUUGUGGUGAUCUUAUCAAGUUUGUUCCUUCAACAUUCUAAUCUCUGCUAAGUUUCAAAUUAUAAUGUUUUCUUUUUUCAUAGUGAACACGGUUUGUUGUUGCGCAUUCAUUCUUCCAUAUUGCUAUGUAACGGUCUGUUUUCUGGGAGUUCUGCAGAAUUGUAUGGAAUAAUAAGCCAUUUUCAGGCGUAGAUGAUACUCUAGAUGUUGGUUGGUGGAAUCUAUAUGACAACAUCUGGGCUAUUAUUAGUGAAAUGAGCGGGAAAGGUUCAAACAAGAUGUUCAGCAAAGGUCCAGUGUCAGGAGGCCCUUCUUUGGGUCAGAGGGCACGUGGCUUAGUAGAAUCCUUGAACAUCCCUGCAACAGAGAUGGCUGCAGUGGUGACAGGUGGAAUCGGUGGUGCUUUUGGUGGAAGGCCUACUAAAAACAUAGAUAAAGCGAUGCUACUCAGGAAUGAGAAAUGCCCCCGCAUUGUUUUCCAUCUUGUGCUUCUAUAUCUUUUCAGGGCUUCCCCAGAAAAAGCAUCAACAUGUGUUCAGCAGUUCUGUGCACUUCUGCCCACGUUUUUGUCUUCUGAAGAGGAGCAACUUAAGAACAGAAUUCACCUGUUUCUUUGGUAUUCUUCUUAAAACCAUGCUGCUGCUCAGGUGGCGUGUCUUUGUUUAUUUUCAUUGAAUCAAUUUAUAUUCCUAUCACCAACAGGUCAUUAAUCAAUUUGCGAUCACAAUAUGAAACGCUCGGUGAUGGGGCUCGAGUCAAUGCUACCACACAGUUGAUUUUUGAAAUUGUCAACUGUGGGAAGUCAGUGCUUGCUGGGAGUAUCUCAGGCAUGGACGAUACAUUUGAUGCUUUGAACAAUCUAAAGGAAUCAUCCUCUGUCCUUAAUCCGCUUCAGAGGGACAGAAUUCUUGUUGAAGUAUGCUUCAAACUUCUCUGUCCGAAUAAUUUCCCAUUUAUUUCAUGUUUCACAAAGAAUUCUAUACCCACGGGAGCAACAUGUGGAUUUUGGUGAAACUAGUGCUGUUAGAAGAAGGUUGAUAUGGCUAGAGCAGUGGCUAAUAAACGAGAUAUUCAUGUUUGAUUUCCAUGUUUUACUGACAGAACUUUUUUAAUCUUUAAUUCACUACAGGUAGCUGAUGAGAUAACAUAUGUGAAGGCUUCAAACUCUGAUCGGUUGAAGCAGUUGGAGGAUCUUCGGAUGAAAAUAGAUGAAGUUUCUCUAUCGGAAUUAAACCAGAAAAAAGUCCUUGAAGAUUUGGUUGUUAUGAACUUGAGUGGAAUUCUUGCUUCAGAUGACAGUCGAAGAGCGGCAUACCAGUUAGCGUAUGAUGAGAAACAGCAGAUAACUGCAGUAAGUUUUUUUUCCCCCAUUUUCAUGUUUUUUUAAUAAAUUUAUAAUUGAAAAUGAUAUUUAUGAAUCAGGAGCGAUGGAUCCAUAUGCUCCGUUCUCUGAUUGAUGAACGAGGUCCUUGGUCGGCUAAUCCAUUUCCUAAUGAUUCUGUGACACGGUGGAAGCUUGAUAAGACUGAAGAUGAUUUGCGACGUAGGCCCAAAUUGAGAAGGAACUAUCAUUUUGAUGAUACACUCUGCCUCCCUCCAGCCAUUAAUCAACUUCAAAAUAGUCAUAGUGCUAUGGAAUCCUAUACCGAUUCAGGUGUCAUUCCUGAUCAAAUGAAGAGCUUUCUUCGAAAAGGAAUACAUGGAAUUACCGAGCAAGGUAGUUCAGAGACUGGUGAUGAUGCAAACGAAAGUGGUCACAUAAGAUCAGGAACUGAUGCCUCCAUUGAUAUCAACGAAUCUAAGAUUGAGGAAAGUAAUCAUCUAAAUACUCAUGAUGUGACUAAUCCAACAUCUUCUGUUGCAGAUGCAGAAACGAAUGAGGUACAUCCAAAUAAACAUGCUCGUCAAAAGUAAGACAAAUACAUCAGAAAUGUUUUAAGUCUCAGAAUUUUAUUUUCAGGUGUUGCUGUCAAUUCCUUGUGUUCUAGUGACUCUCAAGAGGAAGCUGGCUGGUCGCUUGGCAGUCAUGCGAAACGCACUGCAUUUCUUUAGUGAAUUUUUGGUCGAAGGUACUGGUGGAUCGUCCGUUUUCAAACAUUUUAAUAGAUUUAGCAGCACUGAUUCUGUUAAGCACGAUCAGUUACUUGGAAGUCGCAAGCAAAAAGUGCAGAAAUGGGCUCCAAAUCUUGAUUUGGGUUUAGGGAACGAUAUUUCCACUGCUGUUACAGAUCUUGGUAUCGUUCUUCAAAAUCAAUGCAAGAAAAUCAAGCGCCAUAGAAGAUGGAAUAUUUGCAAGGUUUCAUAUUUCCUAAGAGUUUAUAAUUUGAUGUUUAUCAAUUUAAUCUACAUGUAAUGUAAUUUUCGUUAUUUUUGGUGUCUGCAGGUCAAAGCUGUCCAUUGGAGUAGAUACUUACUGCAAUACACAGCACUUGAAAUAUUCUUUAAUGAUUCUGUCGCUCCUGUGUUUUUAAAUUUCGCAUCCUCAAGUGAUGCCAAAGACGUGGGCACAUUGAUAGUUUCUUCAAGAAAUGAAUCAUUGGUUCCAAAAGGAAGUUCCAGGGGCAAAAGUGGAUUGAUUUCCUUUGUUGAUCGGCGAAUAGCAGUUGAAAUGGCAGAAACUGCUCGAGAGAGUUGGAGAAGAAGGGAAAUAAGCAACUUUGAAUAUCUUAUGAUUCUUAACACACUUGCAGGCAGAUCAUAUAAUGACUUGACUCAAUAUCCUAUCUUUCCAUGGGUACUAGCUGAUUAUUCUUCAGAGAAGCUUGAUUUUAACAAGUCAUCUACUUUUAGGGACCUCUCAAAACCUGUUGGUGCAUUAGAUUUUAAGAGGUUUCAGGUACAUUCUCUUUAAAUUACUUAAGCACGAAUGUUUUCUCAAUACUGAAUAACAUGGCUGUUCUCUGUGUAGGUUUUUGACGAUAGAUAUCAUAACUUUUGUGAUCCUGACAUUCCUAGGUAAUAAAUGGGGGAUGAGGGUUUUCGUCUUGUUUCAUAUUAUGGAUGAUGUUGACACUGCUACAUUUAUAUAUUUUCUUGUCUAAUCAUGCUUUCCAUUCCAGCUUUUACUAUGGCUCUCAUUAUUCGAGCAUGGGGAUCGUGCUCUUUUACCUACUUAGGUUAGAACCUUUUACAGCUCUGCACCGUGCACUUCAGGUAUUACGCCUCCCUCUACGAGCGUCAGCAGUUUUUUCGUGUUUUGAAAGACUUUUCUAAGUUAACAGUUGGUCUCAAUAAAAAUAGAUGUGUUAUUUGUACGUGUAAAAAGGUGAUAUAUACAUAUAUCCAGGGGUUCUAAAAGGCAGCUUGAGAUGCUUUUUUCUCCACGCAGUGCAGUGCACUGCGUAACUGCACAGGUAGUAGCACCUAUCAGAUCAUCCCAGUAAAGUAUUGUAGUACCUCAAACUGGAAUGUUUUCAGAGCUGGUGCUCGGAGAAAAUAUACUUAAAUGUUUGUAGACUUGAAGUAAGAACAUAUGAUGAGGGCCUCACCUCCAGCAUGUUCUGGGCUGCUGUCUUGCCCUCCAACUCUCUAAGAGCAGCCUUGACUGCUGUGUCUGUGUCAAUAAAUACUCCUUUUAAAGCAUAUUCUACUAUUAAUAUUUAUUCCUGAUGUGCACAAGGCUGCUUUAAUAGUUUUGGUGGAAAAUUUUGUGCAGGGUGGAAAAUUUGACCAUGCGGAUCGUCUUUUUCAAAGUAUUGAAGGCACAUAUCGGAAUUGUCUUUCUAAUACAAGUGACGUGAAGGAGCUAAUACCUGAAUUCUUUUACUUGCCAGACUUUCUUGUAAAUUCCAAUUCCUAUCAUAUAGGUGUGAAGCAGGAUGGAGAACCAUUGGGUGAUGUCUCCCUCCCACCCUGGGCAAAGGUAUUGAAAUGCUUAAUUUAGAUUCAAAUGAUAUAUAGUAGUUUUAACAAUAAAACAUUUUUUGCCUUUAUGACGUGUUUUGUGUGACUAAAAACUUGUAUGGGACUAUUUUUACCGUGUAUUCGGCAUCAUUACCGAAAAUGGUGUUUUUUAGCUAUGAUCUAUGUAGGAGUAGAAUGAUUCAGCGAAAACCACAUAUUUUUCUAGUUCAGCUUCUGCUCUUAGUCUUUCCUUCAAGUGUUUAAUGUACUCCAAAACCAAAACAAACGAAUGAUAAGAUGACUAAGAGCUUACCAUCCUAUCUUUAUUAUCUAAAAAAUCCCAAUCAAUUGUAAUUGAGAAUAUGGAUUAUUUCGAAGAUUUAUUCUAUUAUAUGUCAAUUAUAUAGUCACAGAAUUUUCUUAGGUAGUUAUCAUCUCCUUAAUUUGUGCUACAUUUGAUCUGAUUUACGCAUGUUCAGACCAUUUUAGAUGCCUUUCAUAGACAUUAUGGACUACUAUUUCUAUCCCAUUGCUUCCUAAAUGCCUCUGUUGUAUAACUUUUUUUCAAAGAUUCCCUCAGCUAGUGCUAUUUUUCAAUGGCAAUGACAGGUUUUUUAUUCCUCUAACACUUUGCUUGAAACUAUAUUAUAUCAAACAAGCGAGCCCAUAUAUAUUAACCACAAGAUUAACGUGCUAGUCAGUGUGUGACCAUUUAAAAUUUUAUUGUAUUUUAUUGGAAUCUAAAGAUGGAAAGUUAUUCCUGGAAUUACUUUUUAUAUUUUGUGAAAUAUUUGUAAACUUAUAGGUCUUCCCCACUUAUAACUUCACCAUUUGAUUUAGGGCCAAAUCAAUUUGGCUCAAAGCCAUGUUUUAUGCUAGAGUAUUGUUAUGACUCAUGUGUCUCCUCACAUGAGUUGAACUAAUACUAAAGUCUCUGUUCUCAAAAUCUGAGUAGAUUAUCUUCUCAGAGUAGAGAGAGAAAGGGUUUUCAUCCAACGUUGAUGACAUUUCAUCAUCUCCCUCGCAUUUAAGAAAUCUCUUGAAUUUUCAUGACAAGUCUCCAGCAUGCUUAAGUUUUGUCGGAGAGGUUGAAUUACCACCAUGUUGGUCAUAUACUAUUAAAAGUCAGGCUGAUCUCAAUGUAAUCAAACUGACCUGCCAAUCCCGUUUGUAUCACGAUUUAGUAACCUACUUACUGACACGGCUUAGAUUAAGUUGGCCUGACUCAGAUUGAGGUUACUCAAUCCUAUGCACAUUGCCUCUAUAUCUUCAUGAGGACUGAGUUUCAAAAUGUUUCGGCAUUUCUUGUCCUUUGGCUUAUUCGUGUCUAACUGUAUAUUUUAGGUUUUAUUAUAUGCUUUCGUGUUUAGAAAUUGAUUUUCACUAAAUUAUUGCUCAUAAUAAGUCUAAUUUGAAAUGCCAUAAAGGUUACCCAGCAUCAUACAAUGCUCGUAGCAAAUCAUUGUAUAUAAUCUGUUAUCUGAUAUCUUUUUCUGGCCAGUAUAUUUUAUUUUUUCGUUAAAGCAUAAAAUCAGAUUUUUGGAAUUCUUAAACAAAAUCAGAGUUUGCUCAAGGUUUUGUUUUUCAUUCAGAGUCUUUUUCCUCUGUUGUUUUUAAAGAGUUCUAUACUUUUUGAAAAACGUCUGCAUUUUAAUUAGAAGAAUUGCUGUUGCUGUUGCCGUUUUGUCAAAUGGAAACCUUUUUAAGUUAACUUCAAUAUAGUAUUACUUAUGAUCUUAGAAAAUCGAAAAUGCAAUGUUUGAUUCGCUCAGUCCAUCAGGGACAUUUCCUUUUGUUCAUACUGUCAUAGCUUAUCCAGUUACUGCAGUCUGGUCCAUUUAAAUUUUUAGUAGCCUUCUGGUUUACUUUUGGAGCGUCAAAAAUAUUAAGAUUUUAUUAAUGUAGGGCUCCCCUGAGGAAUUUAUAUACAAUAACCGGGAAGCCUUGGAAAGUGAAUUUGUGAGUUCGAAUCUCCAUCACUGGAUAGAUCUAAUAUUUGGUUACAAGCAGCGUGGGAGGCCUGCAGUCGAGGUGGGAUAUUUUAGUUGUCUCAUUGUCGUAUGUUGAACAUUUAUUUAUCCAAAUCUUGUGUUGUAAUGCUUAGUGCAACAUUUAUUGACAGGCGGCAAAUGUGUUUUACUACUUAACAUAUGAGGGUGCUGUUGAUUUGGAGACAAUGGAUGAUGAGCUUCAGAGAUCAGCUAUUGAAGAUCAGAUUGCAAAUUUUGGACAGACACCAAUCCAACUUUUCCGGAAAAAACAUCCAAGAAGAGGACCACCAAUACCUAUUGCACAUCCUUUGUAUUUUGCUCCAGCAUCAAUCACUUUGACAUCUAUCGUUUCUCCUACAGCUCAAUUACAAUCUCCUGUGCUCUUUCUUGGCCUGUUGGAUUCCAAUAUCGUAGUAGUCAACAAAGGACUCACUUUAUCUGUAAAAAUGUGGUUAACAACUCAGCUUCAGUCUGGUGGAAAUUUUACGUUUUCUAGUGCACAGGUUGGAUAAUUACGUUCUAUAUUCUUAAUAUUAUUGACAAAUACUCAUGGUCCUGUGUACUUCGUUUUACUGUACAAACUGAUUGUAUUUCGUUCUUGUGCAGGACCCUUUCUUUGGAAUUGGCUCUGAUGUUCUUUCUCCUCAUAAAAUUGGGACUUCUCUCGCUGAAAAUUUUCAGAAUGGAAGACAGUGUUUUGCGACAGUUCGAAGGCAUACUGAGAACUACCUAAUCUCCUGUGGUAACUGGGAGAAUAGCUUUCAGGUAAUAUCACUACAUGAUGGAAGGACAGUGCAGAGUGUCAGACAACACAAAGAUGUGGUCAGCUGUGUUUCAGGUGCCGUUCUAUGGAUACUAGAUUAUUGAUAUUAUGAACUUUUGUUUAAUUUGGCCUAAAAGUUGUUAAUCAUCGGAACUAUUCCAUUCUUUGUGCAUAUCACUUGACCCUUGUGACCUAAACAUCAUUUGUUAACAUUUUUUAUUCUGUAACUUAUAAAUACCCGGUUUCUGAUUAAGAAGCUAAAGAAAGUUCCCUACUAGGGAAUCUCUCCGCUCAUAUUUUGUCAUGCCUUUGUGGGUUUUUUUGAAGGAUAGCCAUCUGCUUUAGAAAGCCUCACGGAACAAACAAGAAAAAAGAAACAAGAAAACAGAAGCCUCCAUGACACGUCAUUUGUAUUGUACAUUUCCUCUGGAUCAGACAGUACUGUAGGGAACGCUUCUUUUUGUUGGUCACACAUAUGAAUGAACACAUCAGACCCGCUCUUACUUUCUAAAAGUAAUAUUUUUCUUGUUUCAUAGUAUGUUUGGUAAAUGAAAGUGGGAAAAUCUUUCUAUUUGUUUUGGUAUAGAAUAUCCAUUUGAUAUGAUAUGCUAUCUUCUCUAUUGUUUUCUUUUUUUUUUCGCAUUUUGGCGAACUCGUCUAACCCAACUCUUUUUCAGAUCGUUUUUCUCAGCUACAUCUUCUAUUUUAUCCGUAAUAUCCCUGUGUAAUACAAUGAAUGGGCAUAUCGUGCUGUAAAUCUAAUUGCUUUUUCAUAAGUUAUGUAUUUUUGACCCAAGUCUUUAAUAGCAACUUCAUUUCUUAUAUUGAUUAUUUGAACAGAAAUAUGCCUGCUCUUUGUAAAAGGUCAUUCCAUUAUUAACUUGCUUUACGGUCUCUAAUAAGUCUCUCCUCCUAUGAGCUUUGAUUCUCAAUUCAACAUCUUAAAGUGUGCCCUAUUAAAUUCAGCUUCAAGUUGUCAGAGAUACUUUAGUUUGUUCCUAGUCUUUAAUUUUCGGUCUAUCAUGAUUAUUGCUUAGUUUUCUCCAGCAAGUUACAGUAUUUUUCAAUCUGUCUGUUUAAAAAUCAUGCCAUAUAAUCGUUCCUUUAUGUUUCAGUGACGUCCGAUGGAAGUAUCCUUGCCACUGGAAGUUACGAUACAACAGUCAUGUUAUGGAAUGUUUUUCGGGGUAGAUCAAAUGAAAAGAGAGUUUGGACUGCGCAAACACAAUUUCCUCAAAAGGACCAAGUCAUUGAUGAGAGUCCAUUUCAUAUUCUUUGUGGACAUGAUGAUAUCAUAACAUGCUUAUUUGUUAGCACUGAACUGGAUAUAGUUAUUAGCGGGUCUAAAGAUGCAACAUGUGUCUUUCAUACAUUGAGGGAUGGAAGAUAUGUAAGAUCAAUUCAGCAUCCAUCCGGUUGUGCUUUAUCAAGGCUAGUUGCCUCCCAGAGUGGAAGGGUAGUUAUCUAUGCUGAGGAUGACCUUAGUUUGCACCUGUAUUCUGUUAACGGUAAGAAGCUGGCCUCUUCUGAAUCCAAUGGCCGACUUAACUGCAUUGAACUUAGCAGUUGUGGAGAAUUUCUGGUUUGUGCCGGUGAUCAUGGACAGAUAGUGUUGCGUUCUAUGCAUUCUCUUGAGGUUGUGCAAAGGUAUGAAGGAAUUGGGAAGGUAUUAACGUCUCUGGUUGUUACCCCAGAGGAAUGCUUCUUGGCUGGAUCCAAGGAUGGGAGUCUACUUGUAUACUCCAUUGAAAACCCUCAGAUUCGGAAAAAUAACCUUCUACAGGGCACGAAGUAG